CUGGUUCAUAUUUGAUGAUGGGUCACUGUGCUCGUGAGCGCUCUCGGGAUCUGUAGUCUCGCGGACUGUGAUCCGCUGUUAAAGCACAAGAUUCACUUCACAGUUUCUGUAGGCUACUUAACACCUCGUUUCACUUCAUAUUUCUAUGCACUUAAUAUUUGACCUUGCAUAAAAUAAUCAAACUGCUUAAAUGCAUUAUUAUGUGCUAUUUUUUCAUUAUUAUGCAGUAUGUGUUCUAACUAGCGGAUCAUGCAUGUUCCGGGAAACUGGUACAAAGUUGCAAUGCUCUGUCAAAGGAAAUAAAUCUGCAACAGUAACUUUUCUGUGUGGGUAAUAGUUCUUCGUUGUGCGGCCUAUCACGCCUUUGUAAUAUAUCCUUUGUCAAAAAGAGUUGCCCAGAAAUACGUUGGCCGUUGUAAAUCGAAGGUAUCGUGUUCUUCCUCUGUUUGUGAAAAGUAUGGUGAAUAGUUUUCCUCGCAUUUAAGGGUUCAUCUUGCACGGAUCGAAUUGCGACGGCUAGCCCAUGGCUAUCAACUACAGUUACCAGAGCCCCUUCUCAGGCCGCCUUCUCCUGUUCGCUUCUCCGCAUAAAUUAUUCUAAUUGUCCCCGCAUAUAGGCAGACAGACUCUCACCGGAAGCUCCAGGUAGAGCGGAGCCACAGCCCAAGACCGGCGGCAGACAGAAAGCCAAGGUGAGCAAGAACUGAACGAACAGGAUUUGCUCUUAUGCUUUAAUAACGGUUCCCCGAAAAAAAAACUGUGCCAACGAUGGCUUUAACUCAAGAAACCAUUAUGAUUUACUUGCUGAAACGGGACGGCAAAGCAAAGAACUCCGAGUUUCUGAGUGAGUUCAAAGGUCCUUUAAACUGCAGCGAUCUCGCGGAAAAGAAACAGAACAGGGAUCUCUUCAAGACUUUCGUGAACAACGUCGCCGUAGUUAAAGAAAUAGAUGGCGAAAAGCAUAUCGUCCUUAAGAAAAGAUAUUCGCAUUUGUUGAAAGAGAUCCCGACGUUAACGGAUCAAAGAACAGAGUUUGGGGAAAGUUCAGACGCCUCACCUGACGCUCCGGCGGAACUGAGUGGACCGUGUGAUGGCGAAGGAAACGAAAGCUCUAAUCUGGCGAAACAGAAAGAGAACUCAAAUCUCGAUAACAGCAACGCGUCACCUCUCGCAGACACUGAUUGCGGUGAUAGUAACAGCGAUAGUAACAGCGACAAAGAACCGUCGCCCGUGGAACGGGCAUUGCAAAGAAGCAGAGAUAUGGAUUCAGUCAGGCUGCACACAGGGACGCAAAAUGUUAGUAGCAUACAGUCAUGUAAAGUACUCCACAAUAGCUUGAAAGACAACGAGGCGAAACCCUCCGUUUCACAAGCUGGGCGUACUGAUGGGACAGCUAAAUCGGGAGCCACUGCGCCCCAAAAGCCGUACAUGUUGCCCUUGAGAAUGCCACCACCACCAGCACGCAAGGUCAUCGCCGAUGUGCCCGAGCCGGGCGCUAAGGACAAGCCCCCGGGGACCGUCAACCACGGCCGAGAGCUCGACAGGUCCCCCAGAACCAAGAGGAGGCCGUUCGAGGAGCUCCAGCCCCCAGGUUCGCCGCACCCGAGGCGGUGUCAGAAGAGUGCCAAGCCCGCCGAGGAGGCCAAGUAUUCGGCGACGGUCCCGCUGGAGUCCAAGGAGCACGAGUGGCUGGUGAAGUCCGCCGCGGGGCACUGGAGCCAGGUGCACGGCCUCUUGCUCCGGGACGCCGAGCUCGGGCUGAAGAAGGACUUCAUGUCGGGCUUCACGGCCCUGCACUGGGCGGCGAAGGGCGGGCACUGCGAGAUGGUGCGCACCAUCGUCGAGCUGUGCCGGCGCGGCCGCGCCGACUUCGACGUCGACGCCCGGAGCCACGGCGGGUACACGGCGCUGCACGUCGCCGCCAUCCACGACCGCCGGGCGGCGAUCGUCCUGCUCGCCCGCGACUUCGGCGCCGACGUGCACGUGCGGGACAACGGCGGCAAGAAGGCCCGCCACUACCUGCGGGCGGACGCGCCGGACGAGGUGAGGGAGCUGCUCGGCGAGCCGCGGGCCGAGCCGCGGGAGCGCCCGCAGGAGAGGGACGGCGGGGACGAGCACCUCGCCGACGUUCCCAGGGGCCUCGGCACGAUCGGCAGGCUGUUCCAGCCGCACGCCGCCGGGCCCAGGAGGAGGCACAGGCAGCGGCCGGGCUUCCUGUCCGUGACCUGCGAGGACGUGGAGGACGAGGGCGAGGAGAGCCCGCCGAGGAACAGAAGCUUCUCGGACCUUUUCAAGCACGGCGCGCUGGCGCCGCACUGAAAGCGCCAGGGUUCACCGUCGAAUACUACUCUCACCCUGCAAGCGUGUUGUCAAAUGAAAUGGGAGUUCAGUGUUAAGUCAACUCUACGAGAGUACAUAUGGUCACUGUUGGACUCAUGCAGAUACCCGGUUAGAGCCAAAUUCAUGUUCAGCGCAAAAAUGCUCAGUGUUAAAUCAACUCUAUCACAGUACAUAUAGUCCCUGUUAUGUCCUACACUCUCAGAAAUAAAGGUACACCAGGGUACAAAUUCUGUGCAAGCACAAAACUGUACCUCUGAAGGUACUAGUGACAAGCGAUUGUACCUUUCUAGGUACUGAAUGGUACCUUUUCUUCUGAGAGCGUAUGUUAGAGUUGAAUUAACAUAGAAUAUUUUACUAUGUGGUGGACACAUAAUUAGAUGGUUGUGGGAUCUUUAUAACAAUAUGUUUUCAUAAUAUGAAAGUGGGCUAUAUGUCUGUCCUCUUGAAUGAAACAAAUCAUUCUUAUUAUUAGUUCAGGUUUUUGGCAUUAUGUAGCAAUGUAGCAUUUGUAAGAAUUAUAAUAACAGUGCAUGUGGAUUAUAAUGUACAAAAACACACACUGUUUUAAUUAUUGAUAAGAGCGUGGGGCGGAGUACCUUAUAGCCUACUGUGACUCACUUUAUGAAAACUUAUCAAAAUAUUGAUACGAGUGAGUGCAGUGAAAAUAUGUGCAGUCCGUCUGAAUUACUCCAGUGUUUUACCGUUUGUGCCUUCAGACCUAAUCUAUGCAUUGAAUCAGUGUAUUACCAUAUUAUAAUUUUUAUUACUUUGAAACAUGAGUAAUUAAAUAAAUUAAUUGUUUUUCUUGUCUGUAACUGUUUUUUUUUUAAUUGAAGCGGGUGCAGGGCUGUUCAGUUUGUUUUUGGGUAAGUGUGCAUGCCUCUCUGUAUCUUGUUUAAACAGAUAUCGCUUGUAGUGUUGCCAAAAUACACAGAACACAGUUUCUGUCGGGAAUGUUUGCCAAGAAAACAGUUAUGAUGUAUAACGUGUAAUCAAGAAAAAAAAAGAAAAAAAAAAAAAAAGCUGUUCUUUGGUCCUGGAGUCCUCAGGUCAAUAUGACAUGAGGUAUGGUCUUGGCCUGCUAUAGAUAGAAUCGGUUAUUCAAAAAUAACACUUUGCACAUAUUUAUCAAUAUGCGGGGGCAGUUUUUAACACAUCUCUGAGAGAGAGGGGGGGGGGGGGGGGAGUGGGGCGGUAUGGUAUAUGGGCUGUAUGUUAACUGUAUGAACAUCUUUUUUUUUUUUCUGAAUAUUUUCUGUUUCUGUGGAAGAUGGAAGAGCGUGGAUUUAUUUUCAGAAUCUUAAAUAAAUAAAAAAUUACGAUGUUUGAAAUUA